AUCUACGCUGGCCUUUCAACCUGAAUAAAACCCAACAAAUGCCAUUGGAGCAGUGGCAAAGCCAACAGCAAUAUCAACAACAAAGAGAACAACAAAAACCAUUGCAGCAAACGCUUUACACACCACCGCAGCUGCAACAAAUACAGCUAAUGCAAAUACAACAACAACGUCUGGCUACAGAAGUCACCGAUUUGCGGAUGCCGAGCUCCUACAAUAACAACAACAAUAAUGUUAACUAUAAUAACAUACCAGCACCACAACAACAACAACCGCCUCAGUUGCCAACGAAAUUUAAUACCAGACAAUCGAAAAGGUACCCCUACUACUAUAAUGAUUACAAUUACAAUAACAAUAGAGUGCCGCUAAUGCAAGGGCAAAUGCCGGGCCAGUUGCCACGUAACUAUUCUUAUCCUCAGUAUGGUACUGCGGCUAAAAAUUCAAGCACUGAACAGUUCGAAAAAUUCGAUCUUUCUCAGCGAAAUGCGCGCACAUUUGGAUUCAUCAGCGACUUUAUCACGAGCCUAUCGUCACCUUGCGUCAAUCCUUGUACUAUUGAAGCUUACAAUCAGAAUCGUUGUUGUAUAGCUGUUGUCAACCCCGAGCCACCUCGUUGCUGUCCAUAUCCGGUGCCGCGUCCACAACCUCCCGUAAUGCCACCUAUUCCCAUACCACCACCGCCACCGCCACCGAUGUACUUACCCAGACCGCCCAUCAGCUGUUGCAGCGCCUGCAGCUACGGUUACUUUGGUCCACCACCUUGUGGCUAUUAUGGUGGGAGUGGUGUCAUAAGAAGAGGCGGUGGACUUUUCGGUAGCGGUGGUUUUAUCGGUGGUAGUCCAGGCGGUUUAUAUAUCGGUGGUAAUUUCGGUAAUCUUGCUUAUAGUGGAGGACAAUUUUCCCUGUCCUUACCACAACCAUCAAUAUUUGGUUAACUUCAACUUUUGUUUUCUAUGUUCUAGUUAGUUAGUUCUUUUAAGUUAAUAUAUUAAGUCCUUAACUAAUAAAAUGUUAGUAUAAGAGUAAUGCCCUUUUAUUUAACCUUUUUGAUUACUGAAAUAUAAACUGUGAGUUUAAGGCUAUUAACUAUGUAUUUGCGGUCAAGGAAAGUGAUAGUUCAUAAGUCGUUAGUAAGAAAUUUUAAUAUUAGCGAUAAAUAUUAUAUUUAUUGGCGGCCGGCCCUCAUCUUAUCAAUUUGUCCUGUUAUAUCUUACAAAGUGUUGAUCUUAUUUAAAAAAUUAAAAGUUACCGAAAAUACCAAAU